AGGUGCAGCAGCAGCAGCCAAAGCAGCAGCAGCAGCAGCAGCAGCAGGAGGCGCAGCAGCAGCAGCAAGCGAGCUGGAAGGCUUUUACUUCAUCUGCCGCAGCAGCGCCCUGCAGCAGCAAACUGAAAUAUAUAAUCAGCUGCUUGAAGCUGCGAAGCUGGAGGCCCAAGCAGAACAAGAUGCUGCUGCGCUGCAGCAGCAGCAGCAGCUGCUGCUGCAGCAGCAGGAAGCAGCAGUGGAAGCAGAAGACUUUGCUGCUGCUGCUGCAGCAGACGAGGGCCUCCAGAAAACGGCUGACGAGCUAGCAGCCGUGCAGCUGCGGUCUCUGCAUCUGAAGCAGCAGCAGCAGCAGCUGCUGCAGCAGCUCGCGACUACCGCUGGGGACUUGCUGCAGCAGCUGCAGCAGAUGCAGCAGCAAGCGACAAACGAGAGAGACACCCUGCAGCAGCAAAUGGAGCAGCAGAUGCAGCAGCAAACGGAGAUGCACGAGCAGCUGCGACAGCAGGCGCAGGAGCGGCUGCAGCAGCUAGAAGAGGACGCCGCUGCUCGCCAAGAAGCAGCAGCAGCAGCUGCUGCAGCAGCAGCAGCAGCAAAGGAGCGCGUAGACACAAUAGUGCAGCAAGAAGAAGAAGCGCUUGCAGAUCUGCAGCAGCAACGGAUGCUGCUGGAGCAGCAGCAAAGAGAGACGCAGCAGCAAAUUGAAAUGCUGCUUGCUGCUGAAGCAGCAGCAAAAGCCCACAUAAAGACAGCUGCAGCUGAGGCGGCAGAAGCAGAAGCGGAAGCGCUGCAGCAGCAGCUGCAGUUCGAGCAGCAGCAGCAGGAAAGUGAAGGAGAGGCGCAACAGCUACGGGAUCGGCUUGAGGCUCUUUUGGGGGAGAGCGAAAAGCUGCAGCAGCAACAGCAAGAGUGA